AUGUCAAAUACAUACGCCCACGAGUCCAGAAAUGGCAAUCUCGCCGCUCCACGAGAUUCACUCGAACUUGCUUCCCUCGCCUCGUCUUCCCCCGAAUCCAUAGACGGUUCCUCACGAUCAUCGUCCCCCGGAAUCUCGUCUUCGCGCAAGCUCUCACUCGAUGAUGAGGAUCCUCUGGCAGGCCCUGCAGGAGAUGAUUAUCUCGAGCCAGGCCAUCAACGAGGUCUCCGGUCGUAUUCAAUUUCCUCCGCAUUCGAUUUCGGUGGCAACCUCUUCCCGCUCUCGCAAACACAAGGUGGCUAUGCUCCGUUAGGCGCCCCGUCGCUGGAUCGUCAGGGCCAGGAUGGAUCAUUAGAGCGUAAUAAGACAUUGACCUAUUUGAAUGGGUUGUCACUUAUCAUUGGUCUGAUCAUUGGCUCGGGGAUCUUCUCGUCCCCGAGUCAAGUCAACGCCAACGCUGGGUCUCCGGGCGCCUCGCUUAUUGUUUGGACUGUGGCGGGCCUGCUCGCCUGGACGGGAGCUGCCAGCUAUGCGGAGCUAGGAGGCGCAAUUCCACUGAACGGCGGAGCUCAGGUUUAUCUGUCUAAGAUCUUUGGAGAUUUGAUAGGCUUCCUCUUCACCUGGUGUGCGGUUUUGGUCCUGAAACCGGGGUCGGCAGCGAUCAUUGCCAUUAUCUUUGGAGAAUAUGUCGUGCGAGCAUUUGUAGGUGCCGAUAUGGUCAUGGAAAAUCCGUGGAUCAACAAAGGUGUUGCGCUUGGAGGAUUGAUGCUUGUGACCCUGUUCAACUGCAUCUCGACUAAAAUUGCCACUCGCAUCGGUGAUCUGCUCAUGUUCUUCAAGUUUAUCGCUCUACUAUUUGUGACCGUGACUGGAAUUGUGGUCGCUAUCACGGGCUUUUCCGCCAAGGGAGAUGCCAAUGAGGAAUGGAAGACUCACGGCUGGUUCGAGGGCACCAACAAUGAGAUCUCGGAUUUUGCCGUGGCGCUGUAUGCGGGUCUGUGGGCCUUUGAUGGCUGGGACAAUACCAACUAUGUGACUGGCGAAUUCAAGAACCCGAAUCGCGAUCUGCCCCGGGUGAUUCAUACGGCCAUGCCAUUGGUCAUUCUAUCCUAUCUGAUGGCCAAUGUCGCAUAUUUCCUUGUCCUUCCACAUGACACCAUUGAAGCCAGCAAUACCGUCGCGGUCCAGUUUGGCAGUAAAGUGUUUGGUCCCGUCGGCGGCCUCGUGCUGGCGCUCGUCGUGUCAGCCAGUUGUUUCGGAGCCCUGAAUGCAACGACCUUUACCAGUGGUCGAUUAGUUUAUGCCGCCGGGAAGGAAGGCUACCUUCCCUCGAUCUUUGGCCGCCUUGGAUUCUCCAGUUCAUCCCAGGGACCUCCCGCCGGUGGCCGUCUUCGCAGCCGCUCCUGGGCUCGCCGGUCGAUUUCCCGUAUCCUAGGAGACGAUGCCCGACUUGGCUUCACCCCAAUCAAUGCUAUGGCCUUUAACGCGGCUUUGACUGGCAUAUACAUUGCUGUGGGCGAAUUUGGUACUCUGGUAACAUUUUACGGAGUUGCCGGCUAUACCUUUUAUUUCCUGACGGUAUUGGGUCUGAUCGUCUUGCGCAUUCGGGAACCGCAUCUAGAGCGCCCCUAUCGCACCUGGAUCACCACACCCCUUAUUUUUUGCUGUGUCAGUCUCUUCCUCCUCAGUCGUGCCGUCAUUGCCGAACCUCUUCAAACUCUCAUUGUAGUGGGAUUCAUUAUCACUGGUAUCCCCGUCUACUAUUGGCGUAUCUACCAACGUGAUGGCCAGAGUGGGAUUUCGGGAUGGAAAUUUUGGACUUGGCGCUCCUGA